AGGAAAGCCAUCACAUCAGAACUGCAAGUGCUGUUUUCUGGCCAACCCCAUGUGGCCACUGUCUCAGGACAGUACCUCAAGAAUAAACACAGUAGCAUGGAGGGUUCCCUGAAGCAUGGGUUUCCCUGAAUGACGCGACAUGCUCCCUGUCGUGGUGGCACCCCAGGAUGUUCAGAGCGGGGGAGCCAGGGAAGCGGCCGCCUGGCCCCGUGCCCCCUCGUGUUCGGAGUGUGGAAGUGGCCCGAGGCAGAGCUGGCUAUGGAUUCACCCUCUCGGGACAGGCUCCAUGUGUGCUGAGCUGUGUCAUGAGGGGCAGCCCCGCAGAUUUCGUGGGUCUCCGCGCUGGAGAUCAGAUACUCACCGUGAAUGAGAUCAAUGUGAGAAAAGCCUCUCAUGAAGACGUGGUGAAGCUGAUCGGGAAGUGCUCUGGGGUCCUGCACAUGGUGGUUGCUGAGGGCAUCAGUCAUGGCCACAGCCAUGGGGACUCCUGUUCCAGUGACGAAGAAGGCGGGCUUUAUGAGGGGAAAGGCUGGCUGAGGCCCAAACUCGAUUCCAAAGCGUUGGGGAUAAACAGGGCCGAGAGGGUGGUGGAAGAGGUGCAGUCUGGUGGGAUUUUCAACAUGAUUUUUGAAAGCCCAAGUCUUUGUGCGAGCAGUUCUGAGCCCUCGAAGCUGAAGCAGAGGUCCUUGUCAGAGUCGGCUGCUAUGGGACUUGAUGUCGGCCAGGACCGUCUGAGCACCCCACAGCACAGCAUGCUCUCCAGGGAGGAAACAUCGAAGGUCACCAGCGAUGACUCUGUGUUCGGCGCGGGGCUGGAAAACCACGAGGACUUUGGUCUAGAUGCAAGUAUUUUGAACGUCGCCAUGGUCGUGGGCUACCUGGGCUCCAUCGAGCUCCCUUCCACCAGCUCCAACCUGGAGUGCGACAGCGUGCAGGCCAUCCGUGGCUGCAUGCGGCGCCUGCGGGCCGAGCAGAAGAUCCACUCCCUGGUGACAAUGAAGGUCAUGCAUGACUGUGUGCAGCUGUGCACCGACAAGGCCGGUGUGCUGGCUGAGUACCCUGCCGAGAAGCUGGCGUUCAGUGCCGUGUGUCCAGAUGACAGGCGGUUCUUUGGGCUGGUGACCAUGCAGACUAAUGAUGACAGGAGCUUGGCGCAGGAGGAUGAAGGUGCCCUGCGGACAUCCUGCCACGUGUUCAUGGUGGAUCCAGACUUAUUUCAUCACAAAAUCCACCAAGGCAUUGCGCGGCGGUUUGGGUUUGUGUGCACAGCCGACCCUGACACCAGUGGCUGUUUGGAAUUCCCGGCGUCCUCGCUGCCAGUGCUUCAGUUCAUCUCCGUCCUGUACCGAGACAUGGGGGAGCUCAUCGAGGGCAUGAGGGCCCGCGCCUUCCUGGAUGGGGAUGCUGAUGCCCACCAGAACCACAGCACCAGCAGCAACAGUGACAGCGGCAUUGGGAACUUCAACCAGGAGGAGAAGAGCAACCGGGUGCUCGUGGUCGACCUUGGUGGGGGCUCCAGCAGGCACAACCAGGGCAGUGGCCCUGGGUGGGAGGGUGCAGGUGGGCGGGGCUCCCAGCCCUGGGGUACUCCCUGGAAUGGGGCCUUCUGCCAUGACCCAGAGGCGGGCUCCCCAUUUGAGACCGGCCCCCAGAGCGACAGGUUCCGGGACUUAAGCAAGCAUUCAGGACCAGCCUCUCACGUGGAAAUCCCCCCGGCCUCCUUGCGGAGUUCUGUGCCUCCUUCUAAGAGGGGCGCCAUGGGCGCUGGUUAUGGUUUCAGCCAGCGGUGGCUCCCAGUCCAUGUGCUCCAGGAGUGGCAGGGUGGACAUGCCAGUGACCAGGAGUCUUACACAGAUUCUACGGAUGGGUGGUCCAGCAUCAACUGUGGCACCCUGCCUCCUCCCAUGAGCAAGAUCCCUGCAGACCGCUACAGGGUGGAGGGCAGCUUUGCGCAGGCACCGCUGAGUGCCCCGAAGAGGGACUGGUCCAGGAAGGCUUUUGGAAUGCAAAACAUCUUCGGGCCCCAUCGAAAUGUUAGAAAGACCAAAGAGGACAAAAAGGGCUCAAAAUUUGGCCGGGGAAUUAGACUUUCCCAGAGUUCCCAACGCUCGCCUGCUCGGAGAUCAUUUGGAAGGUCCAAGAGAUUCAGCGUCACUCGCUCCCUUGAUGACCUGGAGUCCGCAACUGUGUCUGAUGGUGAGCUGACGGGUGCCGACCUGAAGGACUGUGUCAGCAACAACAGCCUAAGCAGUAAUGCCAGCCUCCCCAGCGUGCAGAGCUGCCGGCGCCUGCGUGAGAGGAGGGUUGCCAGCUGGGCCGUGUCCUUCGAGCGUCUACUGCAAGACCCGGUUGGGGUUCGCUACUUCUCUGAUUUUCUAAGGAAGGAGUUCAGUGAAGAAAACAUUUUAUUCUGGCAGGCCUGUGAAUAUUUCAACCAUGUUCCUGCACAUGACAAGAAAGAGCUUUCUCACAGGGCUCGGGAGAUUUUCAGUAAAUUCCUGUGCAGCAAAGCAACCACCCCUGUCAACAUUGACAGCCAGGCCCAGCUGGCAGACGACGUUCUCAAUGCGCCUCACCCAGACAUGUUCAAGGAGCAGCAGCUCCAGAUUUUCAACCUGAUGAAGUUUGACAGCUACACUCGCUUUCUGAAAUCCCAGAUGUACCAAGACUGCAUCCUGGCGGAGGUGGAAGGCCGGACCCUUCCAGACUCUCAGCAGGUCCCCAGCAGCCCAGCCUCCAAGCACAGCAUCAGCUCUGACCACUCCAGCGUGUCCACACCGAAAAAGUUAAGUGGAAAAUCAAAGUCGGGAAGAUCCCUGAAUGAAGAGGUGGGGGAUGAGGACAGCGAGAAGAAACGGAAAGGGGCCUUUUUCUCUUGGUCAAGGAAUAGGAGCACCGGGCGUUCCCAGAAGAAGAGGGAGCACGGCGACCACACCCACGAUACAGUUCAUGCCAAUGGAGGCCUGUACCGCCGGGAGUCCCAGGGCUCUGUGUCCUCUGCGGGAAGUGUGGACCUGUCGGAGGCCUGCAGGACCUCAGCCGCUGAGAGGGAGAAGGCUGCCAAUCACUGCUGCAUCAACCUCCCGGAUGGGACAUCCUGCGUGGUAGCCGUCAGGUCGGGAUUCUCCAUCAAAGAGAUCCUGUCUGGACUCUGUGAGCGGCACGGCAUCAACGGGGCCGCUGUGGACCUGUUCCUGGUGGGCGGGGACAAGCCCCUGGUGCUGCAUCAGGACAGCAGCAUCCUGGCAUCCAGGGACCUGCGCCUGGAGAAGCGUACUCUGUUUCGGCUGGAUCUUGUUCCAAUUAACCGGUCAGUGGGACUCAAGGCCAAGCCCACCAAACCCGUCACAGAGGUGCUGCGACCGGUGGUAGCCAAGUAUGGCCUGGACCUUGGCAGCCUGCUGGUGAGGCUGAGUGGAGAGAAGGAGCCUCUGGACCUCGGUGCCCCUAUAUCGAGUCUGGAUGGACAGCGGGUCAUUCUGGAGGAAAAGGACCCUUCAAAAGGGAAAGCCUCCACAGAUAAACCAAAGGGCGCGCCCGCCAAACAGAGCACCGCCGUGAGCUCCAGUUCCAGAAGCCACUCGGCUACGGGAGAGGAAAGAACACUAGGCAAGUCUAAUUCUAUUAAAAUAAAAGGAGAAAAUGGAAAAAAUGCUAGGGAUCCCCGGCUUUCAAAGAGAGAAGAAUCUAUUGCAAAGAUUGGGAAAAAAAAGUAUCAGAAAAUUAAUUUGGACGAAGCAGAGGAGUUCUUUGAGCUCAUUUCCAAAGCUCAGAGCAACAGAGCAGAUGACCAGCGUGGGCUGCUGAGGAAGGAAGACCUGGUGCUGCCCGAGUUUCUUCGUUUACCUCCUGAUUCCACACAACUUUCCCUCUCCACCCCAGCCCCAGGCAAGGGCUUUAGCAAGAGAGCUGCAGCCAGCCAUGGCAAAGAGAGAGCUGCUCAGCUUGGGGAGAGCUGGGAGUCUGCUCCAGACUACAGUGACAGCCCGGCGACCAGCCCAGGCUCAGCCCAGAGCCCCAGCUCAGCCCACAGUCUCCCUGGGCCUCCAGGAACCACCCCACCUGGGCAGAACCCUCCUGGAGGGCCCUUCUGCUUACCCCCAAAACAGGAGGGUGCCACACAGGUCUGGAGGAGGCAGUCGCCAGAAGUCGAGACUGGGGGCAUCCAGACUGUGGAGGACGAGCACGUGGCUGACUUGACCUUGAUGGGGGAAGGGGACAUCAGCAGCCCCAAUAGCACAUUGCUGCCGCCACCCCCCAGCCCCCAGGAUACACCCGGACCUCUGAGACCAGGGGGCAGGGCCCGAGGCAGCCGAGGCCUCCCAGUCAACAGGAUCAUCGACGUGGACCUCGUCGCUGGUGUGGCCCCUGGGCUGGGUGGGAGCAUCCUGGAGGUGUGGCCGUGCCCUAGGAGAGCCAGAGCUGGUGGGCCCCUGGUAACAGACCGUCCGGGCCUAAGCCCCAACCCAGGCGAAACCUCCAAGCCCAAGGCCAGCACACACCAUGCCACCUUCGUCUGAAGCUGCCAUUCCUGGUCCUGUGCCCCAGCUGCCCCAGCCUGGCCUGGCCUGGCAUCUACAUUCACAUGGACACACAGGAGACUGGGAUC